UAUACACCAUGCUGCGAUAUACCGUGGUCUUGUUACUGUGUUGUUACGUUGGCCAAUCAGUAGCUGCCGUUGAGACGCUGGAAGGCAACAUGACAAUAUAUGACGUGAAUGAUGUCAUAGCCAUCAGAUGUUGUCCAGCAGACGAGUGCUAUCCUUCGCAGCCAGCAGUUGCAUCUCUUAACAAUAAAUUGAAAGGCAGAUUAAUUCUCCCACAUAUGUAUGAAUACAUCAACCAGUCACAUAUGUACAACACCAUUGAGCAGAGAUACCCACGAAUACUUGCUAUGGUUCAUUCAAAAGAAGACAUUAAAGAAACAAUCCUGUUUGCCCGGAAGUACAACUUGCACGUGACAAUUAGAAGUUCCGGUCAUGACUAUGUUGGAAGAUCAACGUGGGACGGAAGUAUUAACAUAAAUUUGUCCGAAAUGAAAGAGUACAAGGUAAAACUCGAUUCCAGUAGAAAUGAACAUGGAGAAAUCAACGUGCAGACCGGACUGACUUGGGCAGAAAUAUAUGAAAUGCUUGACAAGACCUACAAUCGCACAAUUGUAGGCGGAAGUGCACACACAGUGACACCUGGUGGUUAUACUCUUGGUGGAGGUCACAGUCCUAUCUCAAGGUCACUUGGAUACUCGGUUGAUAAUGUUCUGGAAAUCCAGGUUGUGCUGGCAGAUGGUCGAAUUGCUACAUGCACAGAGUCGAGAUGUGAAAUUGAAGAAGUUAAUGGAGAGACUGUUACACACGAUAGUAGUUUAUUUUGGGCCAUGCGCGGGGGUGGUGGUGGAACCUUUGGAGUUGUCGUUUAUUUUGUUUUCAAAUUGCACCCAAUGCCCGCAGGAAUGGUCAAGGUGAACACAUGGCUGCCUCUUAAAGUAGAUACAUAUGGUUUAGACUUGAGUAGAGAGCUUUUAUCCGCAUUGGGUGACCUUAUUACUUCAAUGCCUAAAGAAUGGGGUGGUUAUUACUUAAUGAAUAACGCCAAAGUUACCUACGAAGGUGUAGCAAUGACGGGAAGUUUGCAGCUGGCGAUGAACAAGUUUGGUCCUUGGGAUGGUACAGAAGAAACACUCUUUAAAAAGUUCAUUGACGUCGCUAAACGGCUACAAACCAACGUGACAUUCACUAAUGUAAGCAGCUUCUGGGAAUAUGAAAAAGAUGCAUAUGAUCCACCUAUAAAUAGGGUCUAUCUGGUUGGUACCAUGCUUCAGCCGGAAAAAGUCAACGACAUGGUGGAAUUCAUUCAGCAAGAAUUUUUCACGAACUUUAAAGACAUUCUCCUUGCAUGCACCGGAAUAUCACUUGGAGGCAGAACUACAGAGUUCCCUGUGGAUUCAACACCACUCAAUCCUGGCUACAGAACUGCUGUCUCAUGUUUAUCUUGCGGCGUGCCACUCGCUGAUGCGGCGAAACAACCGUGGUUCGAGCAGUCAAAAUACGACGAUAUUUUGAUUCCUAUAGCCGAUGCAUUUAGCGAGAGACUUCGUAGAUUGGGCACUGGUAUGUACGUUAACGAACCAACAAAAAAUAAUCCACACUGGCGAGAAGAUUUCUGGGGCGACCAUUACACGAAGUUACUUAAAAUCAAGCGUAAGUACGAUCCGGAGAACUUCUUCACGUGCCAUCACUGUGUCGGAUCAGAGACCAAGGGCAAAUCUACAACACCUUGGACGUCGUCUGCUGCCGUGAACAACGUUAAUGUUUUCUUAGCAAUCGCUCUCCUCUUCUUGAAAUUCUUUUGAUUGUUGAUUAAGAUAUGUGAAAUAUGUGACAGAGGAAGUUUUAUGUAUAUAUUAUUAUUUUAUUACAGAUUUAUAUAGCGCCCCUUUCAUGAUAAACACGUUCAAAGGCGCUUUACAUAGCGCAAAGCACGAAAUUGCCGAGGAUUACGUGUCAUUACGUGUUUUUAAUGCAUUGUUAUUUUAUCUUGUUCACAUGUUCACACUUUAUAUGACACAAUCUUUUAAAAUUUUCAAACGGAUUUUAAUAUACCGUUCUAGGCAUUUGAAAAAUAAAAGAUAGAAGUGGCCAUCUGACAGAUCUAUUUAACACCAUCGUAAUUGAACAUGAGCACUAGGAAUAUGUUUUUAAAAUUCAUAGUAAAUGAUAAAUAUCUUAAGAUGUAAUUUCAAUCAUUUUGUGUUGUUAUCAACCUAUCCAGUGACCACCGCUUCUAGCCGUGUAUUGAACUUUUUUUCUUCUUUUUUAAUGAUUUCCACACUCUUUAUCAUUACUUCGCACCUUUUUUUUUAGUUUUACAUUCCUAAAAUCUUUUAGAUCAUUAUCAUCGCGGAUUUUACGCAAAACCAUGUACGCGUUGAGGUACGUUUAUGACCGAAGACUGCCUAAUUUAUCAACGUGAAUUUUGCCGA